AUGAUAUCCCCGAAGAGCACGUCCUCGCACCGUAUAUCGGCUCAUCGUACUCACCCUCGUAUCUACAGGGACCUCGUCAAUCGUCUCAUUCGGGACAACCAAGACAUUUGGAACAACUUGCUUCACAACAGGUUUGUCGAGGACAUGCGUAUUGCAAGUGCAGACAAUGAGCACGUUCUCGGCGGUUUCAAAUGGUACAUGAUCCAAGAUUUCUUCUACUGCGUGCAGCUCAUAGCAUACAACGCCGAUCGCGCAGCAAAAGCUCCCAACCCAACGGUAUACGGGAAAUUGACCACAACUCUCAACAACACCCUGACGCAGUGGGCUCCUAACGCCCUCAAAACUUGCACCGAUGCCGAUAAGUUGAACAUCCCAGACACCGUCGUCUUCGCAGCCAAGCGGGAAGGGGUGACUGAAAACUACACAAAGUUCAUCUCUGACACCGCAGAGGAUGAGAAUUGGGUCGUCUCCUUGCUUGCUCAAGUUCCCGGCAUUCAGGUUCGUGAAAGGGAUUAUGAGGUCAAUUUGUAUCAAUAG